AUGAAAUUUUAUAUAUUAAUCGGUUUUAUUGUUGUGUUUGUAACCAAUGGUUUGCAUUCAAUUAGUAUCAAACACUACCCGUCGGUAACUGAGAACAACUGUGGUAUCAGUCGGCAGUCAUUGUUGAUGAACGGCGUAAACCACUGUUUCAAGUGGUCAUCAAAUAAUAAUGUGACCACAAGUGUCCAAAACGGACGGUUAGCUCAACCUGGAGAGUGGCCUUGGAUUGCAUUCAUUGAUAUAUACAAAACAUUUUGGGGUUUCAAAUAUGACAAUAAAAUGUGUACAGGAGUUAUACUAAAUAACAAUUGGAUUUUAACAGCAGCGCAUUGUAUAUUUAUCGAUAAUACAAUUAGUGUACGACUAGUUCGCGAUUAUAGUCAACAUACUAGUCAUGUAUACGGUGUGGAUAUGUAUGUAAUUCAUCCAAAUUAUACGGUAUUCAUGAAUACUAGACCCGGUUUAGAACAGGCAUACGAUAUUGCAUUAUUGAAACUGUCGUCAAAUAUAUCGAUGACUACAACAACAAUAACAGAGUUAACGGUUGGAAGAUAUCCGACAGUUAAUGCCAUUUGUUUGCCCGACAGAGACAUUGUUAACACCGAUAAAGAGUUGGCAUUGUUUGCCGGUUUCGGUAAUAUUGAUGAAAAUUAUGUCACAAAUUUGGGUCCAUUGCGUACGGGUUGGCUGCGUAUGAAUGAACCGACUAAUACAGCAUUGGAUCGUUGGACUUAUUUUAUUAGAAGCAAUAGAUAUCUUAUAAAUGAUGGCUUAGGUAUCUGUCCGGGUGACUCGGGUGGACCAUUGAUUCAGUAUGAGUUUGAUAGUCAACGGGCAAUAUUAAUAGGUUUGGGUAUAAGGUAUUGGCCGGCAAACAUAUCCACUGGCUGUCCGGCUAGAGUUGCCGACGCCGGCAAUAUAUUUGUACGAAUAUCUAAACACAUUGAUUGGAUUAUCAAUACUGUAGCAGCACACUAACAAAUAUAUAUACAUACCUACACACACAUAUACACACAUAUACACAUAUACACACACAUACACACACAUACACACACAUACAUACACAUACACAUACACAUACACAUACACAUACACAUACACAUACACACACAUACAUAUACAUAUACACACACAUACACACACACACAUAUAUACAUAUAUAUAUAUACACCUACACACACCUACACAUACAUACACAAAUACAAACAGACACACACAUACAUACAAAUACACAUAUAAAAAUUAUAAAUUUAUUAGUAAUAUGUUUAAUAAUGAUUGAUU